AUGAAAAUUCUCCAUUCCCUUAUUAUUCUAGCCUCCAUUUUUUCGCUGGUCCAAGCCAGCAUUUUCGACGCGCUCAACGAGUUUUAUGACGGCUGGGGGGAGGAGCAAUGUGUGCAAAUCAACAAUCGUCGUAGCCCCCAAGCCACGCCCCUUACAGCUCUGGAAAUUCCAUUCGGUGGAUUUUUCGACGGAUUUCUGGACUCUAUAAAUCGAUCGAAAAUCAAUUUUAAACUAAAAACACAUCUUGCUCGUCAGGCCUUGCGCACUGUACGCAAUAGUCCGCAAUGCACCAUUGCCUACCGUAGCCAGCCCAAACCACCAUCGCCAUUGAAAAACUACAGUAAUCCAUCGGAACCCUGCACAUCUAACUCUUCUGUAAUUUCUUCAGGACCCAUAAUUGUUGAGAUUUUUGAAUAA